ACCGGUGUCUGUGUCUUUGUGUGUGCUCUGUACAUGCAAGCAACAGUAAGGGGUGCAGCGCAGGAGGAAGGAAAGAAAAGAACACAACGCACAGAUAGCUGGGUUCUCUCUACAACAUGUUUCCGUGUCAACAGACUACGAGCCGGGCAGGAAAGGCCCCGCUCACUUCAUUCAGGCAGGCAGAGGGAAAGGAAAUCAAGCAGCGAAUAGGGAGCAGGGAGAGAGCAAGCAAGCCACGGACAUCACAUGGACAAAAAUCGAUCAACAGACGGACGCACGGAAGCGAUAGAUAGACAUGUAAGGGGCACAACAGUGUACAGUGUACAUGCACGUCAUCCAUCUCCCUCUCAACCCCCCUCUCUCUUUGCGGCCGGGCUGCCCCUCUCACUCACGACCAACGAAAGAAACUCCAGAAGGGCAGGCAGACAGACAGACAGAAAAAGCGAUAGACACGUUCUACCAAGUCUUAUUUAUGUAUCACCCACCCCUAGCAGAGAGGAAAGCCAUCCAUUCUAAGUGUGUCGUCCGUCGUCACGCGUAUGAGGUGAGCUGCCUGGUCUCUGCGAAUGCGCCCCCUCCGUGGACAUGAUUGGUUGCUGGCGCCCUGCCCAUCGCCUCCUCUAUCAGCUCGCGAUAGUCCUGCUUGAUGUGCACACCCCUGCACACCACACCACACCACACCACAUACAAGACGCGACACGAUUGAUGCACACGAGAGCCGACACACCCACACCCACACCCAAGGUGCGUGGGUGGUUACCUGAGUGUGCCGACGUGCCUGCCGGAGCGGUAUACGGCGACGGUGGGUGUGCCUAGGACGUCCUGCUCCUUGGCGAACUGGGUGUCCUCGUCGAUGUCCACCUCGCAGAAGUGCACGUCGGGGUAGUAAUCGCCCACCACCGUCUGCAGGGCCGGCCGCAACACGCGGCACUGACCACACGUACGCGUGCAGUACUGCACUCACACAGACACACACAUGCGCAGAGCAGAGCAGAGAAUAUAUAAGGUGAGAGGGCGAUGCGGUGAGGGAAGGGUUAAUGGUCGUUAGGACUGACCAGGACGACGACAGGUUUGGUUUCUUGUUGGAGCCGUUGCAGUGCGUAUGCGCCCUUGUGCCGCGGCUUGGAGAUGUCGAACGUGGCCUGCGUCUCGGACUCCAUCGCGGGCUCCUCCUACACACACACACACACACAGAGGUAGGUCCCGACUCCUCUCCUGUCUGUCUGUGUGGGUGUAGGAGGAGCCCGUCCGUCAUUUGGUCAGUCAGCCACUGACCACAUAUUCUUCGUCUCUACUGCGGUCCCCGUCGAUGAUGUCACACUUGAAGGGGACGAAGCGCGCCAGGCCGUUGGACGUCAGCCACCUCUCGGCACUGAUGGCCGCACGGCAGCCGCCACCAGCAGCUGUUUACCAAGCCACCACACAUACACACCACUCAAACAGCCUUGUUUGUUUUUAUGGCGGGCGUUGGAUGGACAGAGAGGGGGGAGGGGGAGGGGAGGAUCGAGCUCACUGACGCACCGACCUGUGAUAGCCUGUUUCCAUUGUGAGUCGGACACGUCUCCCGCUGCGAAGAAGCCCUCGAGAUACGUCUCCAUCGUGCCGGGCUUCAGCAUGAUGUGACCACCCUAAACAUGCAUGCCACACACAUACACAUACACAUCUCGGCUGGCUCUUUCUGUGUCCCCGUGUGCGUGUUUGUGUGUGUGUGUGACCUGGUCGAGCCGCACUGGCGAGCCCUCGAGCAGCUGUGUGUUCGGCCGGCCUCCCAGUGCGUAGAACAGCUGAUGGAUAGAUGACAUGACACAGCACACACAUUCGAUAUGCGCCAGUGGACAUGUGUCUGUCUGUGUGGCGGUGUAAGUCGAGUAGCGUAACGUACCCCCCUGAUCUCAAUUUUCCUCUCCUCCCCCGUGUUGGUGUCCUGGACGAUGACGCCCUGCACCGGCGAGGCGUGGUCGGGCGACACGUCGUCGCCAUACACAUCCUUGACCUUCGUGUUGAAGUGAAUCUGCCCACACACACACGCACACACCAGCCACACACGUGUUAGUGGUGCACCACAACCACUGCACGUGCCCAUCCAGCUCACUGACCUCGAUAUUCGGAUUGCAGAUGACUUUAGCGACCAUCGCCCUUGACGCGCGGAAGUCCGAUCCCCUGAUAAACAUGUGUAUCUUGUUGCCGUAGUUGGACAGGAACAGGGCGUCCUCACAAGCAGUGUCGCCGCCGCCGGCCACACCCAGAUCGACAUCACGAAACACGGGGGCCACACCGUCACACCUGACGAGAGGGAGGGAGAGACGCCGGUUAAGCUGUGUGUGUAUGUGUGUAUGUGUGUGUGUGUGCAUGGCUGACGGCUUGCUUACACAGCGCAUGACGAGAUGCCCCUGUUCCAGAAGCGGACUUCAUUGGGCAGGCCUGAUCGAUCGAUGGACGGCGAAAAGACAAGACCUUCGGUGUGUGUGUGCAUCUUUCUGUAGGUGAGGAGGUUUGGUCGGGUACUCACGUAGUCGGUUGAAUUUGGAGCCGGUGGCAAAGAUGAUGGCCUGGGUCAGCACGUGGCGCGAGUGGCUGCGGACACGAAACGGACGUUGGCUCAGAUCCACCUCGACAACUGCACACAGCCACACACACACACACACACACACACAGAGAGAGAGAGAGAGAUGAAUGUCCAUUCUCGCGUGUCUGUCCGUCUGUCUGACGGACAUACCAUCUUCUGGGACCAUUUCAGCGCCCCAUCGCUGCGCCUGCAUGCGCAUGUUGCGCACGAGGUCGGGCCCCAGGAUGCCGUCAGGGAAGCCAGGGAAGUUUUCUACCAACGUCGUCAUCAGCAGCGCACCGCCGGGUGGACCAGCCUCCAUCCCCUGACCGAUGAACAAACAGCACAAUCACACAUGACAUGACACAGACAGCCACGUGCUGUGUGCGCGAAUGUGUGUGUUGUUUGCUUGCCUCGAAUACGAGCGGUUUGAGGUUCGCGCGUCCGUUGAAGAGGGCUGCCGUGUAGCCCGCCGGGCCUGAGCCGAUGAUGACCACAUUCUGCACGUCAUCCUCAACCUAGACACACACACACCAGCAGACAGACGGACAGAAUGCGCAGACGUCCAGGCAGGCAGGCAGGCAGGCACCUACACACCCAUGGCCUCACUCACCAGUUGGUUAAUAGGUCGUGUUAUAGAUGUGUCCUCGUCGGGCGGCCGCUGCCGCAGCCGCUUCAGCCGAGCAUUGAAACUGUCUAACGUCUCGAUAGACGACAGCAGAGGACCCCUGGAUGCUGCUGCUGCGGCGGCGUGGUUGUUGGCCGCCUGGUGGCUGUUGGCAAUCUGGUUGAUGUUGGCCCCCCUGCCGCUGCCCAUGGCGCGCAGCCGGGCGUUGAAAGACUCCUGGGUCUCCACCAUCGUGACAGGCAGGGGAACAUAUGCCCGCUUCCGCAACGAGAGCCGGCCGAGGGCUGGUAAGCUCUGAAGAUGAAGUGCAAGCGCACACAGACAGACAGACAGACAGACAGACAGAUCAGGACACAUGACGCAAUGUGCGUGCAUGUGAAGCUGACCUGGAUGAAGCCAAAAGGUGACUUCCGCCGCUCACAGGCUCCCAGAUCUGUCCACCAGCCGGCCGCCCAAGAGACCAGCAGCAUCACAGCCGUCCCCCUCAGGUGCCAGCCAGCAGCCCUCCGCCUCUCAUGUGACUGUGACGGCAUCUUCGCCCUUUGCUCGGUGGCCUGGCGUGAUGAUGUGCACGACGAGGCAGCCGAAGCAUGGGAGGCCUCGUCUGCUGGCGGGCCGAAUGACCGCAUAAUGAAAAAUGAGUCAAUCACACGGAGUGCAUCGAUCGCUGGCUGCAGUGACUGCCAUGGAGGGCAACUGUAUUCCGGAAAGAAAG